AUGUCCAGCAAUGAUAAUGUGUUUGAUAGGACGGCUGCUGUACAUGACGAGACUCACAGCCGAUCGAUAUAUGACUACAAACAACUCUCGGAUGGUCAGCAAAAGUUGCUUGCCAUUCUGCCAAUCUUUUCUGCCUUGCUAACUAUUUUUGGAUCUUGGAUCAUCAUUCUCAUGGCCUUCAAAUCAAGGCGAAACAAACCAUGGACACCUUACCACGGACUUUUGGUAGCAAUGUCUCUAUUCGAAAUCUUGGGCUCAUUCACUUCAGCGGCUGGUCCAUUUCUUUAUUCCAAGCAAACUUCCGAUCGUAUUUGGGCCUUGGGAACGUCGGGCACUUGCACAGCGAUUGGCUUCUUCAAUCAAUUCGGGUCGCACUCGGCAAUGCUGUACAAUGGCACACUCAGCAUUUACUUUUUGCUUACGGCAAGAUUCAAUUUCUCGAACAGUGAAAUUGCUUCUAGAUACGAGGCUUUGAUGCACUACCUGUGCAUCGGCUACCCUCUCAUCACUGCUUUUGUUGGUCUCUUUUUGAAUGUCUAUGGCGAACGAUCCACGACGAUUGGCUGCUGGGUCGCGAGAUGCAAGAUUGAUACCUUCACUGGAGAAGCUAUUUGCGAAGAACGAGGGCUCAUUGAAGGAUUCUUUGGUCGGUAUCCGGUUGUUGCCACGUUGGCAAUGCUCAUCUUUGGCAAUCUGCUUAUUUGGAUUCAUCUGAGACGCCAACUGAACAAGCGACGUAAACAGAAGAUGGCAGCUGGAGCAAACAUGGACGAAGAUUCCGAUUCCGACUCUGACAAUUCGACUGAAGAUGAGGAGGAUUCAAACCAAAGUGGAGGCAACACUCGGCCCAAGAAGGACGUUAUAACUGCCGGACAAAGAAGGGCCCUGCGUCUAGUCAGUUCCCAAGCAUUCCUCUUUGUUGGAAGCUUUAUGCUUUGCAAUACUGUUACAUUCGUCUUGCGUCACAUUAUCCCCGCGAAUAUGAACGGUGAUCCAGUAGAGAACUACAUUGCAGAAAUGGAGAUUCCAUACAAUAAUUUUGCCCUUAUGGUCAUUCAAGCAAUCCUCUUCCCGCUCCAAGGAUUGCUGAACAUGAUGAUCUACAUCCGACCGAAGUACAAGAACAAUAGGUUAUACCAUUGCGAGGAGACGAGGGUAUGGGCAAUACGUCGAGCCAUUUUUGGUGAAGCUGUAGCACCGACUAUUUCUGGUGACGAUGUCGACCGCAACUCGGUUGCUUCAGUCAUGUCGAUAGGAAGUCCCAAGAUGCUGGCAUCCCAAGGCUCGCGGAAGCGACCGGUAGAGAAACAGCCUUCAAAAGAUGACCUAGGCGAAACCAGCAAUCAUUCAAGAACACAGCCACUCGAUUGCCAACGUGGUUCUUCGAGCUCCUUCGAAUGA